AUGCGGCUCGACAUCAAGAGGCAGCUCUUUGCCCGCUCAGAGCGGGUGAAGGGUAUUGAUUUCCACCCCACAGAGCCAUGGAUUUUGACUACAUUGUACAGUGGUCACGUUUACAUCUGGUCAUACGAGACACAGUCCAUCAUUAAAACAUUCGAGCUCACAGAUGUCCCCGUUCGCGCCGGUCGAUUUGUUGCGCGCAAGAACUGGAUUGUUUGUGGAUCGGACGACUUCCAGCUUCGUGUGUACAACUACAACACCUCCGAGAAGAUUACCUCCUUCGAAGCUCACCCGGAUUAUAUUCGAUCAAUCGUUGUUCACCCAACCCUCCCCUACAUUCUCACCGCCAGUGAUGAUAUGACGAUUAAGCUGUGGGAUUGGGAGAAGGGUUGGAAGUGUGUCCAGGUCUUCGAGGGCCACAGCCAUUACGUGAUGGGAAUGUCGAUCAAUCCCAAGGAUACGAAUACAUUCGCUUCGGCCUGUUUGGAUAGGACCGUUAAGAUCUGGAAUCUCGGCUCUUCUCACGCCAACUCGACCCUCGAGGCCCACGAAACCAAGGGUGUCAAUCACGUCGACUACUACCCAGGCGCCGACAAGCCCUAUAUUUUGACUACCAGCGAUGACAAGACAAUCAAGAUUUGGGACUACACCACCAAGGCCCUUGUUGCCACACUGGAAGGCCAUACCAGCAACGUCUCUUUCGCAUGCUACCACCCCGAAUUGCCUGUGAUCAUUUCAGGUUCCGAAGAUGGAACAAUCAAGAUUUGGCACGCCAAUACCUACCGCUUGGAGCAGUCACUUAGCUACGGCUUAGAGCGAGCAUGGUGUGUUGCUUACCAGAGGGGCCAGCAGGGAGUCGCAAUGGGUUUCGAUGAUGGUGCGGUUGUUGUAAAGAUGGGUCGUGAAGAGCCUGCUGUGUCAAUGGAUACAUCCGGAAAGCUCAUCUGGGCGAGGAACAGCGAGGUUGUGUCAGCUGUCAUCAAGGGCGGUGAUGAGACACUCAAAGAUGGCGAACCCCUUGUGCUGCCAACAAAGGAUUUGGGAACAUGCGAGGUGUACCCUCAAACUCUGACCCACUCUCCUAAUGGACGAUUUGUUUCCAUUUGCGGUGAUGGCGAGUAUAUCAUCUACACAUCACUGGCGUUCCGCAACAGAUCUUUUGGACAGGCAUUGGACUUCGCUUGGGGCUCCAAAGACAACAGCAAUGACUAUGCUAUCCGAGAAUCAGCAACUAGCGUCAAAAUUUUCAAGAAUUUCAAGGAGCAAACUGGCGGCUUAGAUGUUGGCUUCCAAGCAGAGGGCUUGAGCAGCGGCUGCCUUCUUGGUGUUAAGGGCCAGGGUGGAAUCGGUCUGUUCGAUUGGGAGUCUGGCAGUCUGGUCCGAAGAAUUGAAGUUGACCCCAAGGAGGUCUACUGGUCCGAAUCUGGCGAGCUCGUUGCACUGGCAUGCGAGGACGCUUUCUACGUCUUGCGAUACUCAAAGGAGGCAUUCAUUGAAGGUGUCAACAAUGGCGAAGCUGAUGAAGAUGGUGUCGAGGCGGCUGUUGAACUGGUUGCUUCUAUUAAUGAAACCGUUGUUAGCGCAACCUGGGUUGGAGACAUUUUCAACUACGUCAACUCCGCAAACCGCUUGAAUUACCUGGUGGGUGACCAGACUUACACAAUCUCCCACUUCGACCAGCCAUCAUACAUCCUGGGAUACUUGCCCCGAGAUGGCAGAAUCUACUUGAUCGACAAGUCCCUUACUAUUACUUCUUUUGGACUCUCCCUCAGCAUGGUCAGCUACCAAACCGUCGUGUUGCGAGGUGAUAUGGAAGCGGCCGCGGAGCUGCUUCAAGAAGUGCCUCAGGAUCAGAUGAACAAGGUCGCUCGCUUUCUCGAGGGUCAAGGAUACAAAGAAAUUGCGCUGGAAGUCGCCACGGAUCCGGAGCACCGUUUUGACUUGGCUCUGUCACUAAACGAUCUUGAGACUGCCCUUCAGAUUGUCCGUGAUGAUGCUAAUGUCGAGAACACACACAAAUACAAGAGCUUAGGAGAUGCCGCGCUAGCUGGCUGGAACCUUGCUCUUGCUGCAGAGUGUUACACAUCCGCUAAGGAUGUGGGCUCCCUUCUUCUUUUACAUACUGCCAGCAACAAUCGCGAUGGUCUUCGCGCCUUGGUUACUCAGGCUUCGGAGGCUGGUCUUCACAACGUUGCUUUCUCUACCCUCUGGUCUCUUGGUGACGUCGAUGGUUGUAUCAAUCUCCUGAUCCAAACAAACCGAAUCGCCGAGGCUGUGCUCCUAGCUCAAACAUACAAGCCCAGCCGCGCACCUGCGCUCGUUGUCAAGUGGAAGGAGUCUCUCGAGACCUCGGGCAAGACCAAGGUUGCUCGUCUGAUUGGUGUUCCUCCCGGAGCUCCUGAUGUCGUGUCAACUGACGAUGACUUGUUCCCUGAGUGGGAUGAAUACAUUCGCCUUGAAAAGGAAGGUGGCGUUCCCGAGCCCCCAUCAUCGGAGUCUCUCAUUGAUAUCGAUGCGGAUGAUGACCAGGAGCCCGAGGCCGAAGCCGAACUCGAAGCCGAAGCCGAGGAUGAACUCGAGGAAGAGGCUGAAGCAGAGGGUGAUGAGGAGUAA